ACGUUUCUGCCUAGGCGUUGUGGUGGCAACUUGGAAGCGGCGGAGACCGGCGGGGUGCGCUUAGGGUCUGCGGGAUGGUCAUGGCGGCCGCGGAAGAGGGGGACUCGGUCGCCGAGCGGGGUCCCGGCGCGGUUUAUCGCAUGUUCGUCAUGAUGGAGGACUUGCUGGAGAAGCUGAAGUUGCUCAAUUACGAGGAGUCGGCGCUGCGGAGUCACAACAUGAGACCCCCUUCCAGGCACUACUUUGCAUUGCCCACUAACCCAGGUGAACAGUUCUACAUGUUCUGCACUUUGGCUGCUUGGCUGAUUAAUAAAGCAGGACAUCCCUUUGAACAGCCACAAGAAUAUGAUGAUCCAAAUGCAACCAUAUCCAGCAUACUCUCAGAACUGCGAUCCUUUGGGAGAUCUGUGGAUUUUCCUCCUUCAAAAUUAAAGGCAGGGUAUGGAGAGCAAGCUUGUUAUGUUCUUGAUUGUCUAGCUGAAGAAGCCUUGAAACGCACAUCCUAUAACUGGAGAAGGCCAAUAUAUCCAACAGAAGAGCUAGAAGAAGAAGCAAUAACAGAAGAUGAUGCUGAACUGACCCUAAAUAAAGUGGAAGAAGAAAUUGCGGAAGAAGAAACAGACAAUGAAGAUAACUACAUUGAUCUGAAUGUUUUAAAGGCACAAACUUACAAAUCAGAUAUGAAUGAAUCAAAACAAGAAGAGAUUUUAGAGUCCACAGUAGAUGCAGCUGAGUGGAAUCUCGAAGUGGAGCGAGUCCUUCCUCAAUUGAAAGUAACAAUAAGAACAGAUAAUAAGGAUUGGAGAAUCCAUGUAGAUCAGAUGCACCAGCACAAAGAUGGAAUUGAGUCUGCUUUAAAAGAGACCAAAGGCUACCAUGACAAACUUCACAAUGAAAUCAGCAGAACCCUGGAAAAGGUUGGCAGCCGGGAAAAGUACAUCAACAACCAGCUGGAGCAUUUAGUUCAAGAGUAUCGUUCUGCCCAGGCCCUUUUGAGUGAGGCCAAAGAAAAAUAUCAACAAGGAAGUGGAGGAGUAACAGACAGGACUAGAAUUCUGUCAGAGAUUACUGAAGAAUUGGAGAAAGUAAAGCAGGAAAUGGAAGAGAAAGGAAGUAGUAUGACUGACGGAGCUCCUUUAGUCAAGAUUAAACAAGCAUUAACCAAACUGAAGCAAGAAACCAUUCAGAUGGACAUACGGAUCGGUGUAGUGGAACACACAUUACUUCAGUCAAAGCUGAAAGAAAAAUCAAAUAUGACUAGGGAUAUGCAUGCAACUAUUAUUCCAGAUUCCUCAAUUGUUGGAACCUAUUAAAUUCACUUGCCACUGUUAGUUUUUUGUAGGCUAAUAAUAUUUUGUAUAUAAUGUAUUUUUUACAAUAUGUAUGUCGCAGUAUACAAAAUGCUGAAUGUUAAUUCUGUUUGUAUAAAUUGAUUUUGUUUUCUAUGAAAAUUUAUUACACAUUUCUUUUUUAAAAAUGCUUUAAUAAAAUAUCAUUAAAAAUCUUCUGGUAAGGUUAAGUCAAAGGAAUUGGACUUAAGAAAAGGAUAACUGUUGAGAAAAUACCUAACUCGUUGCCUCCAAGUAAUAACUGUUAUAAAGAUGGAAUUCACGUUCAUUUGAGGGCUUGUAUCCUAAGAUCAAUGGAAUGGCGCUUUUUUAAUGUGCGUUUUUUAAUGUGUGUUCAACAUCCAUCAUUUAUUUGAUACUUUCAUCAUAGCAGUACUGCAUCUGUUUCAUGUGAUGAGUACUAGGCACAAAUAUUUUGCAAUUCAAGUUCUUAUCCUUGUGAUACCAAAGUCUCUUAUUGCCGAGUUAAUUUCACUGUAGCUUUUCUCAGAAAAAACAAGAUAUUUUGAUUUAAUAGAAGAAUUGUGAUUAUUACGAAGCUCAAAAUGCAUACACUUUAUAGGAAUGUUAAGGAAUAACACACUGAUUUUCUUAGCAAGCAAUCCUAAGCAGGUUUACUUAGAGUCUUACUCUUUUCUAUUUAGUGGAGCUAACUCACACCCAAGAAAAUGAUCUUAGGACUGCACUGAGUCACCUGAUCCAAGACCUGGCCAUGUAGCGGUGUUUAAAAUUAUCCAGUAGUUUCUCUACCCUCCAUAAAAAUUCUCAGAUUUUGGUCACAAACUUGUAAUCCCUGAGCUUCUGAAGGUUGUGGGGGUGAAAAGCUAGGCUCCAAAGCCUAGAAGUUUGACACUGUGGCUUGAUUUCAGGUAACUAUCCUUAGCCGCCUCGAGUCUCCGGAGAUAUGGUGGGGUAUAAAUGUAAACAAUAAAUAAAUACAUAUUGUAAACAAUACAUAAAUAUAAAAUAAAUGUAAACAAUUAAUAAAUAAAUGUAAACAAUUAAUAAAUAAAUGUAAACAAUUAAUAAAAAUGUAAACAAUAAAUAAAUAAAAACAAAUAAUAUUUUUUCUCGAACAGUAGAAGAGCAAUGCUGUAUUAACACUUGCUGUUCUGUCACUAUUCACCCAGGCUAAGAUGUUCUAACCCUGCUUAAUUUCUGAACUUUGACAAGAUUAGGGUUGCUUGGGACUUUCCAGGUCUUGCUGCUUACCUCCCUGCCUUAAGGCCAUUUAUUUCCACUUUCUGUCUAAUGAUGUUUAACCAAUUACCUGUCCACAAAUUGAUCAUCCCUGUACCACGACUGUCAAGUUUACUCAAGUGUUUUCAGCUGGUUUGAUCAGAAGUUUCUAAGUGUAUAAUGUCUACCUUUAUGUGUUUGACCUUCUCAAUUCUAGAAGAUAGAUGAGGCAUGACUUUCCUUUUCAAAAACUGUUAAUGCUUUCUUGUUAAUAUUUGUUUUCCUUUUUGUGUAAAGUUUGUUUUUAAUAACACAUUCCAUCAAUUUAUUUAGGACAAACUUAAAUUUAGCUGCUAUGUAACUUUUAGCUGCUGUCUUCUCCAGAUUUCUGUUAAAACUUAGUUGUCAUGCUACUAUGUCCAAACCUGGGGCCAAGUGACAGGUUGUAUAUGUUUAUACGGAGAUCAGAAAAUUGAUAUUUGAGUUUUGAAAGACCUGCUGAGUCUAUGCAAUCCAGAACUGAUCUUUUUUUUUUGCUUCUGCAUCCAUAAAUUCAAACACAUUCAUUUUGUCUUUUCCCUAGAAUUUUGGAAGAGCCUUUGCUAUGAAUGCUCUGUAGUGUGAGUUUCCAGCCAAGCAUUUUAAACUUGUAUUGAUUUCAGCUACAUUUCUCCUAUUGAAAUCAAUGGGACUUCAGACUGCUUGAGUUAGCUCUAUCAUGCCCUAUGUAUAAUAUGCAUAAGCCAUAUUCAUCUUAGUGGGUCAUAAGAAAGCCUUUCUUUCUUGGAUUAUGCCUCUGGUGAGACAGAGAAGGAUUUGGGCUUCUCUGGGUGUUUUCCUCAGGCCCCUUCCUCACGGACCAAAUAUUCCAUGGUGGGGGUGGGAUGUAACUGGUUUGGGCAAGAACUUCGCAUGGUUCCCGCCUCUCAACCGGGUGAAUCCCGGGGGGAAAAACCCAUGCCGGGUUUAACAUGAAUCAUGCUUUCCAUGAUUCUUUUCAUGAAACCCGGCAUGGAGGCACGGCUGAGCGAACGGCCCCAGCAGGGAUCCGGGUUGAAGGCGGCUACACCAUCCCUUUUCCCCCCCUGCCCCUGAGUGGCCUCACAGACGGGGAGUGACCGUCGGUUGGUUGCAGCUGCGAUGCCAGCCGGGCUGGGGGGAGGGGCCCCGGAGAGGCGGGGCAUGGGAGGCAGCUGCGGCUCCGUGCGGAGCUAUUGUGGCAACCCGCUGUGGUCCCGUGGGCCCCUUCCCUGGGCUGUGUGAACGGCCUGGGGCAGUUUCAGGGCCAAGUAUCCCAGCUACCUGCCGGGAUAUUUGACCCGAGCGGAAAGGGCCUAAGAGAGAUUAUCUUACCUCAGAGAAUCACUGGUUGAAAGCAUCUGUAAAGGCACUUUUAAUAAAAUUCAGUCUACUGAAUAUCAGUGUAUAAAUUUUAGCAUCAAACCUUUUUUUUGGGGCGGGGGGUGUCCAUUAACAUAACCUGUUUGUGAAAGGAUGUUGCUCUGGUUUCCUGUAUAAAUGCAUAAUGGCUUAAAAAUAAGCACUAAAAUAUAAUCCUUUGUGUAUUUGGCCAAAGGGCCAAUUGGCUGUUCCAUGAUGUUGACAAAAUUAUAAGGAACCUUACAUACCUAUCAUUUAUUUUUUAAAAAGGUGAUCGGAAGCUGUUCAAGAAGAAGAGUUGUCUUUUAUACCCCCCACACACUUCUCUCUACCUCUAAGGAGUCUCAAAGCAGCUUAUAAUUGCCUUUCCUUUCUCUCCCCACAACAGACACUUUGUGAGGUAGGUGCGGCUGAAAGAGUGUAGAGAAAUGUGUCUAACAAGGUCACCCAGCAGGCUUCAUGUGGAGAAGUGAGGAAACAAACCCAGUCUAUCAGAUUAGAGUUGGCUGCUCAUAUGGAGGAGUAGGGAAUCAAACCCCAUUCUUCAGAUUAGAGUCUGCCAUUCUGAACCACUAUGCCGUGCUAGCUCUAUGUUCUAGACAACAGAAUGCCUAACAUCACUGGCAUUUGGUUAGGACAUUCUAGUUAGAAUCAUAAUCAAAAUUGUCAGCAAGGUUGAAGGAGGUGUGGUAUAUUCAGAGCAAAAAGGUCCCUUACUACUUAACCUGUAAAUCAGGACUCUUGUGCAAUAUUCAAAUGAAUACCACACUUGUAAAAUGUACCAUAGUGUAUGUAACUAAUAUAACCUGGUGAUUCAGGAGGAAAGUCCCAGUGCUCACCAUUUCCUGGAAUUUACACUUGGGGGUUGGUUUCCUGGAGUUUACACCAUGGGGCUUCCCACUCCAUUGAUUUCAUCCUGUUCUUCUUACACUGCUGGGAAUUUGAUUGAGAGUUAGGGUUAGUAUGUUGCUCUUGAAAUUUUCACACACACAAACACCACCGCAAAAAAGAAGUGCAGGAAGGUUUUUGCUACUGGUGAGCCUAAAACACAGUUUUCAGAGUACAAACAACCUUGUUCUGAUGCUUGGGUCAAACAUAUCCUGAACACAACUCAGUUAACUUCAGUGAAGCAUAAAUGGUGUCAAGGCUGAGUUGGAGAUGGUUUAUGACUGAAUCUACAUGCUUAGUUCCAUGGCAAUCAAAUGCUAAGGGGGCCUUUUUCAUGCAAUCUUUCUUAUUCAUUGACAGAUAAGACUUGCUCAAGAGUAGUAUCUGAAGAAAAUUCUGUACAAUAAAAUGAUUGUGUACAA